CUGAUCUGGGGUCACCUGUGUUCUCUAAGUAAGUCCAAACCCAUGGUGAACUUGAGUUUGUCACUGGGGCUUAUAAGGAUGGGGUACACUUUGUUUAUGUCUCCUUGGGACAUAGUUUUCACACUAUUACUAUAAGACUACAUUCUUUUUUAAGACAAGGGUUUUCUAUAUAGCCCUGGCUGCCUGGAACUGGUUAUGUAGACUAGGCCUGCUUUUAUCUCCCAAGAGCUGGGAUUAAAACAUGUACCCAUAUCCAACUGAUGCAGGACUAACAAGUUUUGGAAACUUUGUUUGCCUUGAUCUUCUUGUUAUCAUGGUUUUCACUUUGGGACUUGCACAUCUGGGGCUAAGUCACUGGUUGAAAUUCUCACUUAACUUUCCUUAUGCUUAACUUUGCUUUUACUGUUCAUAAGGUUCUAGGUUGCUAUUAUCACCUGGAGGAGGAGGAGGAAGAGGAGGAGGAGGAGGAGGAGGAGGAGGAAGAGGAGGAGGAGGAGGAGGAGGAGGAGGAGGAGGAGAAGGAGGAGGAGGAGGAGGAGCAUUCCAGCGCUUUGGUCGGCAUGCUGACCUCACCACUCGUGCCAGCUCACUGGAAUGAUGGGUGAGGUUGAAGUCUCAUAGAUACACAAAUGCUCUAAUUUCACAAGGGAGACUGGCAGGGCUGGGUUCUCUCUAACUGGACACUGUGCUCACCCAGGCAAGAGGUGGGAGAGUUAAAGCUGAAGCCUCCUAGUUGCCCGGACCUUGCUGAGACAAUGGGCAAGGCUGAAGCUUCAGGGUUGCGUUUAUUCCUAGGGGGAUGUGGGGAUUAGUGGCUGAACCCAACUGCACACACUGACCUCACUGUACAAUGUGCAAGGAUAGAGCCUCCUAGGCACUUUAUGCUCAUCCGAAUGACAGGCAGGGCUGGGGUCUCCCCGCCUUGCAGAUCUCACAGGGAUGAUGAAUGGAGCUGGAGCCUGUGGAAAAUGCUGUGUUCACCUGGGGCUACCAGGGCACUUCAAGAUAGAGUCCUUCUGAGCAUUCGGCUCUUAUUAUGACUGGGUAGGCUGGAGUCCUUUGGUCCUACUGAAUUCAUUGGCAAGAUGAGGGGGACUGAAGGCUCCCAGACACUAUGCUCACUGGGAGCAAACAGAUGGAGCAGAGCCCCAAGUGUGUAGUCUUCACCUAAGCAAUAGGUGGGGCUCUCCUGUUCACUAGACUUCUGUAUGUGAUGUUUCCAACACACACACACACACACACACACACACACACACACACACACACACACACACACACACGCACGCACACACGCACACACUUUCAUGGCUUUAAAACGGUCACCUGAUACAGUUUGAAUUUGAACUGUCUGUCAAGGUCAUGCUUUGUGUGCUUGGCUCCCCAGCUGAUGGUGCUACUGUGGAAGCCUGUGGAAUCUUUCAGUAAGAGAUGACCCACACAUGGUCUUAAGUGAGUCACCAGAAGUGAGGCGAGGAGGCCAUGCCUGGCCCCCAGUUCCUAGGAUGCUGCAUGCUUCCUUGUCUGCUGUGAUGUGGACAGCCUAUCCAUAUGCUCUCACGACCAUGAACUAAGUCGCAGUGAUGCAACGGCACCCAAGACAAUCGCCUCACUUACACAGCUUCUGAAGAGACCUGUACUGUAAGCCGCAUCUCUGUGCCUCUAUAUGUAAAGUGUCAGUUCUCCAUUGGCUACGUUCAAGAUUUACCUCCCUGCCUUUGGUUUUCGGACAUUUGAAUAUGACGUCUCCAGGCAGCGGUAUGGACUGGGGCUCUGUGUUGGGCAUGUAACUUUAGCUUACUUAGAUCUGUGAUUUGUUAUCUUAUGUUUCGUUAGGAUUAACACAUACUAUACAACUGAUAUAUCGCGCUGUGAUAUCCCACAUGUGUGAAUGGAUUCUUUGACUGUGUCCAUCUUCCCUUUGUCCCUCUCUAGACUUGUUCACACCUCUUCCCUUCCCCAGCACUCUUUCUCUCUCAGUAACUCCUUUUAUAUUUUAAUAACUCUGUCUCCCCUCUUUUUGUCACUUUCACAUAUGCGGGAAGACUCACGAUGACCGACUCUGUGACUGCUUUAUGCUGCUCACCCUGAUCUUCAGAUCCAUAAUUUCUCUGAUAAUGACUCUAUUUUCUUUAUAUUUAACAAUCCUCCAUUGCAUCUAUAUUUUCUAUCUUGUCAUUUGUUUUCUAAAUUCCUAGUUAUUGUUGCUUUCAGAGUCCUUUUGUUGUUGUUGUUGUUGUUGUUUUUACUCAAAGUAGAUUUCCCCCCUCAUGUAACUCAUCUUGGUUACUGUUUCUGCUCCCUGUGGCCUUGAGCCUUCCAGUUCCUUCCCACCUCUCCUAUUGAGACCCACUCUCUCUAUGUCUCUCACUAGAAAACAAACAGGCUUCUAAGAGACAGUAAUAAAAUAAAUAAAUAAAUAAAUAAAUAAAUAAAUAAAAACUAGUUUAUUGGAAUUAGAUAAAACAAACAGAAGGAAAGGAGGCAGAGAGCCCAGAAAAAGCCUUAUGUCGGUGCCUUUGACUCAGUUGGAGUUGAGUUUUGUGCACGGUGAUGAGUACAGAUCUGCUUGGAGUCUUCUAUAUUUAGACAUCCAGUUUGACCAUCACCAUUUGCUGAAGAUGCUGUCUUCUUUCCAGUGCGUAUUUCUGGCUUCUUUAUCAAAACUCAGGUGUCCAUAAAUGUGUAGAUCUAUGUCUGGGGUCUUCAAUUCAAUUACACUGACCAACAUGUCUGCUUCCUGUGUCAAUACCAUUCUGUUUUCAUUACCAUAGUUCUGCAUGCAACUUGAAGCAGGGUGGUGUGACCUCCAGCAGUUCCUUAUUAAUCAGGAUGGUUUUAUCUGUCCUGGAUUAUUUGUGCUUUCCUAUGAGGCUGAAAAUUGUCCUUUCAAGAUCUGUGAAGAACUCUGUUGGAAUUUUGACGGGGAUUGCAUUGAAAGCAUAGAUUAUUUUUUUGUAGGAUAGCCAUUUUUACUAUUCUACCAAUCCACGAACAUGGGGAAUCUUUCCAUCUUCUGAUAUCUUCUUCAAUUUCUUUUUUCAAUAUCUUAAAAAUUUAACACACAAUUCUUUCACUUGCUUGGUUACAAUUACCCCAAGAUAUUUUGUAUUAUUUGAGGCUAUUGUGAAAGGUUGGGUUUCCCUGAUUUCUUUCUCAGUUCCCCAUUUGUAUACAGUAGGGCAACUGAUCUCUGAAUUAACUUUGUAUCCAGUUACUUUGCUGAAUUAUCAGCUCCGGGAGUUUCCCAGCAGAGUUUUAGGGUCAAUUAUGUAUAAUAUUAUACCAUCUGAAAGUAAAGAUUCUCUGACAUCUUCCCCUUUCUGUAUCCCCUUGAUCUCCUUCAGUUGUCUUACUGAUCUAGCUAAGCAUUCAAGCACUAUGUAGAAUAGAUGUGAAGAGAGUGGACAAGCUUCUCUUGUUCCUGGUUUUAGUGGAAUUGCUUUGAGUCUCUCUCUCCAUUUGAGCUGAUACUGGUUAUGGGCUUGCCGUAUACUGCCUUUAUUAUGUUUAGAUAUAUCCCUUGUAUCCUAACCUCUUCAGGACUUUCAUUAUAAAGCAAUGUUGAAUUUUGUCAAAGGCCUUUUCUGCCUCUUUUGUCUUUCAGGUUUUUUUUUUUAAAUAUGGUGGAUUACAUUUAUUGAUUUCUGUAUGUUGAACCAUCCCUCUACUUCUGGGUUGAAGCCUACUUGAUUAUAUUUGAUCUUUCUGAUGUGUUCUUGGAUUUGGUUUGCAAGUAUUUUAUUCAGAAUUUUUGCAUCUAUGAUAAUAAGAGAAAUUGGUCUGUAAUUCUCUUUAUUUGUUGGGUUUUUAUGUGGUUCAGGUAUCAGGAUAAUUGUGGAAUCAUGAAAAGACUGAAUAUCUUCCUUCUGUUUCUAUUUUGUGAGAUACUUUGAGCAGUAUUGACGUUAACUUUUCUUUAAAUGGUAGAAUUCUUCACUAAAACCAUCUGGCUCUGGGCUAUUUCAUUCCUUUGUUUUUUGGUUUUUUUGGUUUUUUUUUUUGUUUUUUUUGGUUUGGGGACUUCAAUAACUGCUUCUAUUUCACUAGAGAUUACAGUAGUCUAAAUUGCUUUAUCUGAUCUUUAUUUAAAUUUUGAAAGUGGUAUGUAUCCAGAAAAAUCACACGUUCCUUUUAGAUUUUUAUGUAUAAUGGAGUUCAGGUUUUUAGAAUUUGUUUUUAUGACUGAUUCUCUGGAUUGCCUCGGUGACUCUUGUUAUGUUCCCCCUUCUCAUUUCUAACUUUCUUAGUUUGGAUAUUCUCUCUCCGCACUUCAGUUUGGAUAGGGGUUUGUAAAGCUUACCAGGCGUCUCAGAGAACCAACACCGGCCCACUGAUUCCUUCCAUUCUGUUUGCUGUUUGUCCAUUUCUACUUCACUGACUUCAGCCCUGAGUCUGAUGAUUCCCUGCCAUCUGCUCCUUCCCGGUGUGAUUUCUUCUCUUUGUUCUAGAGCUUUCAGGUGUGAUCCUAUGGUUACUAGUACGGGAUCUCUCCAACUUGCUUUUGUUUUUGUUUGUUUUUAAUGGAGGCACUUUGUGCUAUGAACUUGCCUAUCAGAACUAACGUCUCAUGUCCCAUACGUUUGGGUAUGUUGUGUUUCCAUUCUCGUUCAGUUUUUCUUUUUUUUUUUUAAAUCUAUCUUCACGCAGUUUUCAUUCAGUAGUGAGUUGUAAGAUUUCUAUGAAUUUGUAAGCUUUCAGUUGUUUCUAUUGUUGUUGAAAUCUAGUUUUAAUCCAUAGUGGUUAGAUAGGAUGCUGGCUGUUAUUUCAAUUUUCAUGUAUCUGUUGAGACUUGCUCUGUGUCCAAGUAUGUAGUAAAUUUUGGAGAAAAUUCCAUGAGGUACAGAGAACAUAUAGUCUUUUGUUUGGGGGUGAAAUAUCCUGUAAAUAUCUGUUAGGUCCAUAUGGUUUAUAAUGUAAGGUAGUUCCAGCAUGUCCUUGUUAGUUUUUGUCUAGAUGACGUCACUAUUGGAGAGAGUGGAGUAUUAAAGUCUCCACUGUUUAAGAGUCGAUAUGUGAGUGACAUGAGGAGCUGUUACCAGAGGCUGAGCUGCUGGUUAAACCUGAUCAAGAUGACAACCUCCCAAAAUCACCGAGACUUCAUGGCAGAGCCCAUGGGGGAAAAGUCAGUGGGGAGCCUGGCCAGGAUUGGUGAAGUCCUGGGCAAGAAGCUGGAGAAAAGGGGCUUUGACAAGGUGUAAGUAGUCCCUGGCCAGUCUAAAGAAGAUGAAGACCUCUUUCAAGAAUGGCUGAAAGACACAUGUGGUGCCCGGGACUGCUUUGGGUGCCUUCGAGAAUGGUGUGCUGCCUUCUUGUAA